AGGAAUGAUAACACAGUAUUCUGAAACUAUGCACAGGUGCUUAAGAGACUGUGUUGUUUACGCUGUCAGGGCGGGAUGUUAAAACGCGGAGUUGGUGUACAAUAUUUACAGUGUGUUUUUCGGACGUAGCGGUGCGUUAAUGGAUACAGGAUACGAAGUGGUUACAGACUGUGAGGUUCCUUGCCAGGCUCCCAUGAACCCUGAGUUGGACAAUAUGCAUUCUUUGGAUCCGCCACCGCCUGACGUACUGUUAGCGCUUUUAGCACGGAAUAAAGGACUUGAAGGUCUCGUAAAUGGGAAAGCCAGUAUCCCGAAGUGCGGUGGCUGCCACGAGAUGAUCGUGGAUCGAUACGUGUUGAAAGUAUCGGACCGGACGUGGCACGCCGGCUGUCUCCGCUGCGUGGAAUGUCGCGCCAUGCUAUCUGGGAAGUGCUUCGCAAGAAACAAUCAACUCUAUUGCACUGACGACUUCUUCAAGCGGUUUGGCACCAAAUGCGCAGGCUGCGGGCAGGGCAUCCCGCCGACGCAGGUGGUGCGCCGCGCCCAGGCCCAUGUUUACCACCUUCGAUGCUUCGCGUGCGCAGCAUGUGCCCGCACUCUGAACACCGGCGAUGAGUUCUACCUCAUGGAGGAUGGGAAACUUGUCUGCAAACCUGAUUACGAGGCGGCCAGAGUAAAAGGCGGGGAAGGUUCGCUCGAUGGGGACGCGGCGAGCAAAAGGCCGCGGACGACCAUCACGGCGAAGCAGUUGGAAACUCUGAAGAGUGCGUACAGCAGUAGCCCAAAGCCAGCGCGGCACGUGCGGGAGCAGCUCGCCCAUGACACUGGUCUUGAUAUGCGCGUCGUACAAGUCUGGUUUCAGAAUAGGCGGGCGAAAGAAAAACGUCUCAAAAAGGAUGCCGGCCGUACACGAUGGUCUCAAUACUUUAGAUCGAUGAAGAGUGGGGGUGGUGGUUCUCCGCGACAUGAUCGUCUGCUCGAUAAGGACGAACUUAAAAUUGAUCUGGAUUCCUUUAGCCAUAACGAGUUAAGCAACGACAGCUACAGCACGGUUGCACUGGGCGGCGAGGAGGGCUCGCCGGCGGGCGGCGGCGGUGCGGGCGUGGCGGGCGGCGCGCGCUACGCCGCCACGCCGCCCUACCUGCGGACGCACUCACCGCCUCAUCCACACUACCACUACCCGCCUGACCAUCUCGUCUACACCAACAUAGGUCAAGCAAUGAGUGGGGCUGGCAUAGGUGGCACAGGCGCAGGUGGAGCUUCGGACUUGAGUAGUUCUUCGUCACCAGCAGCAGGUGGAUAUCCUGACUUUCCCCCGUCACCGGACUCAUGGCUCGGUGAACCUCACCACUACUCACCGCGAGGCUUUCCCUAGCGGCGGCCACCGCCGGCGCACGCGCAGCCUGCGCCCCCGCCGCUUCCCGCGCCCUUCCCUCAAGGCCUCGCACAACCACUUGAGCUAGUGGUCAAGCGCGAGCUGUGAUCGUCAGGAUAUUAUCUCUAUUAAGAAGUUGUCUGAAUAACAAAAAUACUAUGGGGAAGUUACGAAAGGGGUAAAGGUAUGACGAUUGUGAUUGGCAUUAUACUCACAUUUUUGUGAUUCCAAAUGACAUGAAAAUUAGAUGCUUUUUCAAGUUCUUUGAAAUCACAAGUUACAGAACUUGGAAUUUAGAUUUGAUUUAUUAUAAUAUAUUUUUAUUUGCCAUGUAGUAUUUUUACGGAUGUUUUUAAAUUUUUAUUAUUCUACA